GUCAGCCAGCUUGCGCUUUCAUAGUUUUACCUCCACCUUUUCUCCCAUGUUCUCUGCUUUGAAAACAACUACUUUUGCUCGUGGUUUUGCCACCCAAGCUUCCCGCGGUCUCAAUGAAGUUGUCAUUGUCAGUGCAGCUAGAACUCCUGUUGCUAUUUUCAAUGGCUCUUUCAAGUCACUUUCUGCUCCUCAACUUGGUGCCAUCGCGGCCAGAGCUGCCAUUGAUCGUGCUGGUCUCAAGCCCGAGCAGAUUGAAGAAGUGUACCUUGGCAAUGUUCUCCAAGCUAAUAUUGGUCAAGCUCCAGCUCGCCAGGCUACUUUGGCUGCAGGCUGCCCUGAAUCAACCGAAGCUACUACCAUCAACAAGGUGUGUGCUUCCGGUAUGAAGGCUGUCAUGAUGGCCACUCAAAAUCUUCAACUCGGUGUGCGUGAUAUUAUGCUUGCUGGUGGAAUGGAAAGCAUGACCAACGCUCCCUACUACUCUCAACGCAACAUCGCCUUUGGCCAUCAGCAAUUGAGUGAUGCUAUCAUCAAGGAUGGUCUGUGGGACCCCUACAACAAUUUCCAUAUGGGAAACUGCGCUGAAAACACCGCCGUAAACUAUAAGAUAUCUCGUGAAGCACAGGAUGAGCAUGCCAUUGAAUCAUACAAGCGUGCUGCUGAAGCUUGGAAGAACGGAGUCUUCGAUGCUGAAAUCGCUCCUGUCACGAUCAAGAGCAAGAAGGGUGACACCAUCAUCAAGGAGGACGAGGAAUACAAAAAUGUAAAGUUCGAUAAGAUUCCUACCCUUCGCCCAGUGUUCAAGAAGGACGGAACUGUUACGGCUGCAAACGCUAGUACCAUCAAUGAUGGUGCUUCAGCUCUUGUUUUGAUGACCCGUCAAAAGGCUCAAGAACUUGGUGUCAAGCCAUUGGCUCGUAUUGUCUCUUAUGCUGAUGCAGCCACCAAGCCUGUUGAUUUUACCAUUGCACCUUCUCUAGCCCUUCCCAUUGCCCUCAAGCGUGCAGGUCUUGAACUCAGCGACAUUAGUUUGUUUGAAUUCAAUGAAGCUUUCAGUGUUGUUGCUCGUGUUAACGAACAGAUUCUCGGUCUUGAUUCUUCCAAGGUCAAUGUAGCGGGUGGUGCUGUAGCUCUCGGUCACCCUAUUGGUUCCUCGGGAUCUCGCAUCAUUGUUACCCUGACCCAUCUUCUCAAGUCGGGUCAAUUUGGAGCUGCCGCUAUCUGCAACGGUGGAGGUGCAGCAAGCUCAAUCAUCAUCCAGAAAGAAUAAGGCAUCGGUCACGCUAAACGGCACCAUAGAUCAUUUGUGUUUCAUUCGUUCAAUAAAAAGCUACAUUACCCCAUGAUUCAA